AGGGAACGCACCACAAGUCUUUCGCGAACACCCUCUCUCCCUCCUGCCACCGUGCGCGAGGUGAACCCUUGCCAACCAGGCCACCUUCAACCCCCCCCAUCCUCUCUCCGAGCUACUCGCACCCCGUAGCCAUGGCCGAAACCGAGGUGGAUCUCGAUUCCAUUAUAGACAGGCUCCUGGAGGUUAGAGGAAGCAGACCUGGCAAACAGGUCCAGCUGUUGGAGACGGAGAUAAGAUACCUUUGCACCAAGGCCCGCGAAAUCUUCAUCUCACAGCCCAUCUUGCUCGAGCUCGAGGCUCCGAUAAAGAUCUGUGGUGAUAUACAUGGCCAGUACUACGAUCUCCUGCGCCUGUUCGAAUACGGCGGCUUCCCACCCGAGGCCAACUAUCUAUUCCUCGGUGAUUACGUCGAUCGUGGCAAGCAGUCUCUCGAGACCAUUUGCCUUUUGCUCGCAUACAAGAUCAAGUACCCUGAGAACUUCUUCGUCCUUCGAGGAAACCACGAGUGCGCCUCCAUCAACCGUAUCUACGGAUUCUAUGACGAGUGCAAGCGGAGGUACAACAUCAAGCUCUGGAAGACCUUCACUGAUUGCUUCAAUUGCUUGCCCAUUGCUGCCAUCAUCGAUGAGAAAAUCUUCACCAUGCACGGUGGCCUGAGCCCCGACCUGAACUCCAUGGAGCAGAUCAGGCGCGUCAUGCGACCCACUGAUAUCCCCGAUUGCGGAUUGCUCUGUGAUCUCCUGUGGUCAGAUCCUGACAAGGAUAUCACUGGCUGGAGUGAAAACGAUCGAGGUGUCAGCUUCACAUUCGGUCCGGAUGUCGUGUCCCGUUUCUUGCAGAAGCACGACAUGGACCUCAUCUGCCGAGCUCAUCAGGUCGUGGAAGAUGGCUACGAGUUCUUCUCGAAACGCCAACUUGUUACGCUCUUCAGCGCACCCAACUAUUGCGGUGAAUUCGACAAUGCUGGCGCAAUGAUGAGCGUGGACGAGAGCCUGCUCUGCUCAUUCCAGAUCUUGAAACCGGCAGAGAAGAAACAAAAGUACGUUCCCCAUCUCGGCGGCGGUCGACAGAUGUCGCCACGCAAAAAGGCUUAG